AUGAACUCUCAUAUUGCUCUUCUUUUUUCUCAUCUUGUUAUAUUUCUGAUUUUCGCCGCUAUUUCUGCUUAUGAUGGUGGUAACGAGACCGAUUAUCAGGCUUUAUUGAAGUUCAAGUCAAUGAUUACAAACAAAGGUCUAAGCUCAUGGAACGCUUCCUUUCAUUUCUGUGAUUGGAGUGGUGUUUCAUGUGGGAAGCAGAAUAAAAGAGUCACUGCUCUAGUAUUGGAGUCGCAAGGACUAGAAGGGUCGUUGUCUCCUUAUGUAGGGAACCUCAGCUUCCUUCAUGUGUUUUCUCUCAGGAACAACAACAUUCAAGGAAUGAUCCCUCAUGAAAUCGGUCGUCUCUCCAGGCUACGCUUCCUCUAUCUUGGCUAUAACAAAAUCAGCGGAGUCAUUCCAGCUAACUUGUCUCAUUGUUCUAACCUUAAAGAUCUUAGACUUAAUAAUAACAACCUAGUUGGAAGCAUACCUAAAGGGAUCGGUCUCCUCUUAAAACUAACUUUUAUGGUAGUUCAAUAUUAA